AUGUUUGGAGGUAUACUAUUUUGUUUGUUGGGAGGUGCUUCUGUGACAGGUCAGUUUAUGCUCCAGCUUUAUGUUAAUCGUCUCCCUUCAAAAGAUUCAAGCGCUUUGUUCAGCAGAGCUCAGUAUGCACUGUUUACAGAGUUCAAGGGUUCGGAGCCAUUGUUGAAAUCUGACAAUAGAUUGAUGGUUGCAUUUCGGGGAAAUUCCUAUAUAAUACAUGUAUUCCUUGGCGCUAUUCAUCUGGCAACCCCAGCUUCUUCUUCAUGUCAGUGUUCUUGA